GGAUGAAAGAGUCCUUAAAAAAUGGAGGGAUUAACUAUGAAUUUGCAAUGUUACAGCUAAUCUCCUCAACCAAAUAUAGCAUUCACCCUUUCAUUCUCAUUCUCAUUCUCUCCACACUUUUUUUUUAGAUUAGUUAGAAUUCUCAUUUUCCUUCCACCUUCUUCUUUUUGUUCUUGUUCUUCUUCCCAUGGAGAUUGGUUAAUUAACUCAACAUCAUCAUAAUAAUCUUCAUAACAAUAAUCAUCAUCAUAUUCAUAUUCAUUUUCACAUUGCAUUAAAUUGCAUUGAUUGGAUUAUAUACACAUAAUCAACAUAUUUGUAUAUAAUCCAAUCCAAUCCAAUUCAAUUUUUUUAAUUCAUUCAUUAAUUUUUUGAGUUGAAAAAAAAAAAAAAAUCAUCCAUGGGAAGUUGCGUAUCAACGCAAGGCAAAAAUGGCGGACGAAAGAAAUCAAAGGACAAUCACAACAACAAUAAACACAAAACCGAUCAAAACAUCGAGACUACUACACCUACCACAUAUAGAUCAGGCUCCAUGGCGCGUCCACUAAACGUCGUAUCCAAUCCUUGUCCUGGUAACAUAUUUGAUAAAUAUGAAUUAGGCAAAGAGCUUGGGAGAGGCGAAUUUGGUGUGACAGUCCGUUGCGUGGAUCUUAAAACGGGCGAGGCAUUUGCUUGUAAGAAGAUUUCAAAGACGAAACUUAGGACGGAGAUUGAUAUUCAAGAUGUGAGGAGAGAGGUUCAAAUCAUGAGACAUUUGCCUCAACAUCCUAAUAUUGUUGCUUUUAGAGAAGCUUAUGAAGAUAGAGAUGCUGUUUAUCUUGUUAUGGAAUUGUGUGAAGGUGGUGAACUUUUUGAUAGGAUUGUUGCUAAAGGUCAUUAUACAGAAAGAGCUGCUGCUAAUGUUGCCAAAACCAUUCUUGAAGUUUGCAAGGUGUGCCAUGAACACGGUGUCAUACAUAGGGACUUAAAACCUGAAAAUUUCUUAUUUUCCGAUGCAAGUGAGACAGCUUCGCUAAAGGCCAUUGAUUUUGGCCUUUCCACUUUCUAUGUAAAUGGCGAUAGAUUCAAUGAAAUUGUCGGAAGUCCCUAUUACAUGGCUCCUGAAGUUUUAAGACGUAACUAUGGACAAGAAAUCGAUAUCUGGAGCACAGGCGUUAUCCUUUAUAUUUUACUUUGUGGAGUUCCACCCUUUUGGGCAGAAACCGAAGAAGCCAUAGCACAGGCGAUAAUCCGGGGUCAUGUAGAUUUCACAAGAGAUCCUUGGCCUAAAGUUUCAGAUGAAGCCAAAUACCUUGUUAAGCGUAUGCUUGAUCCAAAUCCAUUCACCAGAAUCACAGUUCAAGAAGUUCUUGAUCAUUCAUGGAUACAACAUAGGGAGCAUGGUAGAAAUGUUUCUCUUGGAGACCAAGUAAGAAUGAGGAUCAAACAAUUCUCCUUGAUGAACAGAUUCAAAAAGAAAGUCCUUAGAGUGGUGGCUGAUAACUUGCCAGAUGAACAAAUUGAUGGAUUUAGGCAAAUGUUUGAUAUGAUGGACAAGGAUAAAAAUGGUUACUUAACAUUUGAAGAGCUUAAAGAUGGCUUUCAAAUGAUUGGUCACAUUAUUCCUGAUUCUGAUAUUCAGACAUUAAUAGAUGCAGCAGAUUGUGACGGAAACGGCACCUUGAAUUGUGAAGAUUUCAUCACAAUGAGUGUUCAUUUAAGAAGAAUUGGAAAUGAUGAGCAUCUCACUGAAGCAUUCAAUUUCUUUGACAAGAAUCAAACUGGAUAUGUUGAGUUUGAUGAGUUGAAAGAUGCCUUAUCAGACGAUGAUUCAACCAACGACCAAGUGAUCAAAGACAUUCUAAUCGAUGUAGACUUGGACAAGGACGGAAGAAUAAGUUUCGAUGAGUUUAAGGCAAUGAUGAAGACGGGAGGAGAUUGGAAAAUGGCGUCUCGACAAUAUUCAAGAGCAUUACUAAAUGCAUUAAGCUUCAGAAUGUUUAGCAAAUCUGGUGGAGUAGUAACUAAUUAAAUGAAAUUGAAAUUGUGGGGGGUUUAGGCCAAUUUGUUUGUGAGUUCAUAUGAUAUGAUGCAGAGCACUGUACCAUUAAUUAAUUAUUCAGCAGCAGCAUGCAUAUGUAUAUGUUGCAAUAUUUUGAUUUGUGUACAGUUUCAGAGUGUAAAUGGAAGAAAGUGAGGAUCUCUUGUCA